AUGGCGGCGCUGGCAGAGAUGGCUGUCACGGCGACGGCGACGACGAGCAGCAGGGUGGAAGAGGCGGGGCGGAUGUCGUCCAUAGAGUGGGAGCCCAAGACGCUCACCCUCGACCGGAUCAAGUUCGCAAGGGAGGCGGCGUUGUACGUGGUGAGCACCAAGACGGAAGAGGCGGCGAUCCGGAUCUUCACCGAGGGCCUCAAGCCCGUGCAGAUGACGACAGUCCGGAAGUCGAGUUCCAUCGACUCCUCGUCGGAAGACGACGUCGAGCUCGGCUGCUGCUGCUCCUCCGCCGGCUCCAACAAAGGCUGUUGCGGCGGCGGGAGCAAAGGCGGCCGACGUGGUCGACGGCGGCGGCACUCCAUUGACGACAGGGACGUCGCCACAGCGCCAUUCUAG